UCCAGACUCACUUUCACACAAAUGGCCACCCACCAAUUCGUUUACAUGUGCCCUCGCCGAAUUGUAGCGCAGUAAAAACAGCACCAAGUAAACCGAAUUUCAAACAAAUUUCUCUAUGGGACCUUGAGCCAAGUCGAUCCAUCUGGGACGACGUUGUCGCUUCAACACAAAUUUUUAAAACCCAAACUUUGUCCCUGUAAAUAUAGGUCAAGGAGACAGCGAACAACCACAAAAAUGGGGGCCAUACUAUCCCUCCCCUUCACCCUACUCAACUUCCUCCUCCCAUUCACCCGCGCCGGCACACCAUUAUCGCAAGAUCUAUUACACACAGCCAUCCUCUGCGGAACCCUAUAUUUUGCCCCGCAAAUUGCUGAAUGGUACAAUGCCCGCCAACAAGAAGCCCACACCACGCCUUUGGACCAGACAGACGCGCACGAACCUACAAAUCAACCCGAUAACGACCUUACAAAUAGCGACACACAAGCCGUCGCCGACCCACCCCUAGACGAGCGUUUUGUCCUCCAAGACGACGACGAAGCCGACAACACCCCCGGCGCCGCACGACCACGCGCACCCACGCCACCACCGCCGCCCCGCCACCAAGCCCACGUCGAAGACGACGAGCACCACGAUGCCCGCGACCCCUUCGCCCCGGGCCCUGCGAAUCCGCCUCCCCAACCCGCCCGCGCACCACCCACCCACCGCACUGUCGGCACCAAAAAAGCCAAAUCCCUCGCCCGCAAAGACCAGCAGCGCGCGUACAACGAGUGGCUCCGCCAGGAAGCCGAGAUCCGCCGUAGACAAGAAGAUGAGGGCCGCGAGGAGCGCGAGGCUGCGCUCACGCUAGAACGCGAACGCAGGGCUGCGGCUGAGGAGGUGAUUCGGGCUAAGGAGCGUGAAGAGCGUGAGGCGCUGAAGCGAGAGCGAGAAAGGGAAGCGGAUGAAGAGGCGGAGAGGAGGGAGAGGGUGGUUAGUUAUGUGAAAAGUAGAAUCGAGGAAGUAGGAUGCGUGGAUUUAGUGGAGGCGGCGUGGAAGGAAGGGAAAGACAGAGUGUGGGUGGAGAGAUUGGUCAGGGCUUCGGGGUUACUGAGCCAGUUGCAGAGGGAUGGGAGUCGUGUUCUGCUGACGGGGAGGGAUUGGCUUGUUAGGAUUGAUCAGCAGAUCAUGGAUAAAGCGUACGCUGAGGCGGAGCGGUUCGGUCAGGAACAUGGCGGUAAGGUGGGAUUUGAAGAUUUUGGCAGUAUCCUGGAAAACGUUGUUCUGCAGAGCGUAGAGGCGUGAAAGCAAUUGGUAAAACGAAAAAGGGCCGCUUUUUUUCAUCCGACCAAAUGGCGUUUUAGGCUCAAAAUGAUGUAAAAAGGGAAGGAUAAUACCCAUAGACGAAUUCAUGAUACAAUAUUUCUACCAUGGUUGACUACGUCAAAGGCCAGUGGUGCAAAGACUGUAUUCUACACACCACCAUACACCAAUACCUCAUUCUCUCCGCUGAAGGAAAAACAUUCCCCUCGGGACCUACAUCACCCUGCACGCAACAAGUCCAAUUGCUUUGAAUUUGGUAUCG